UGUUUUACGCUUCAUUUGACACCGGAUUGCGUUUCAAUAUGAUAUUUUAACUCCGGACGCCAUUACACGCUAAAUUUACAGCGCAUUCAGUAUUCAGAGUUUCGAAGAAAUUCUCGUAAUCAAUUUUCAGCAAGGAAUGCACAUUUAAUGCUGUUAGUGUUGCAGCGCGCGUGAUUCAACCAUUUCAUUUCAUUCAUUGGUAAAGGAAGUUCUUGAAUAAGAACUGACUUGUAACGACGGUCGAAAAAUACUUUCCUGCAUUCCCGGACGGGUGUUAUCGCGGCGAUGCCGGAGCGGAGGGAUCGGAUGCGGGUUCUCACUUUACAAGAGAGAAUCGCGCGGCGAUUUGUAUUUCACGUGCGCGGUGCUAUCGUACCGCGAGUAUCGCCGGCGUCGCGUUUGUGAAAAUGUGCCGAUCCUAACGAAACGAGGUGCGUGCAUAUUUGUUGCUCGUCCUCGCGAACAGUUCGAGAAACGAAAUGUCGCGGGAAGCGUCAUCUUAUCUCUCAUUUCUUCUUUGCGCGGCGAUAAUUCUCAACGCGGAAUGCGCGAGUAAUAUUCCAGAUCGUUGUUUGGAACUGGUCAGGUUCGACGUCGACGAGAUCGAGAAUCAUUUGUCCGGAUUAAAUCUCACGGACGUGCCUACCGUGAAAAUGAUGACUGCCGGAUUUAAGUGUCCAAUCUCCGUCCUACCCUUCGGUACGCUGAAGUCGGACUGGGCCAGAUUGUUGUUGCUUCGAGAAGCUCAACCUGACCGAUCGAUCGUCAAGCUUAAACUUCUUCGGCUAAUGCGGAUUUUGAUAAUUGCUUACUAUCAAAUGGAGGAACGUAUUGACGUUACGGAUACUGAGACGGAGAUCGCAAAGAAAUCUCUGGUGACAGAAGCAACGACAAAUAUGUCGGCUGCGAAUGAGAUGAGCCAAUCGCAUUGCCCGAGCAGCAAUAAUUCCCUGGGUGUCGAAAUCUCGAGUGACAAUGCGAAUCAUCAUUGUUCGUGUACGGAUUCGUUACCGAACGAUGUAACGCGAUUGGCGACUGACGGUGACUGCCCGAGGAUGAAAUUGAACGCGACGGUAAUCGAAACGAUGAAGAAGAACGCCUCGAGUCCCAGUGGAACAACCACUGUCGUCUCAGCCGAUGCGACACGUCCGAACGUUACGUCGUCGAUCGAUCUUGGCGCGGCGACCAUGUAUUAUCCUGGCAACGCGAGGAAAGCCGCGCUGAAGGUACUCGGUAAUUGCCUGAAACAGUCUUUGAAGGACAUCGUGCGACGCCAACCGGACGGCAAGGUGUUCGAGAUAGCGAAGGAUAAGGCGAGGCACAGCGAGCGCGCGACGCGAAAGGGCAACGAGAUCGACAAUCGCACCGUUCUCAGGAUAACGCCUCCGACGAACGAAUUCUGGCGAUACGUGACGUUCCCGACGAAGGCACCGGCUGCCACCAGCAUCGUCGCGCCGGCUUAUCGCAUGCGGGAAUUAAGCAGGUACAGAACUGGCCAGCGGAAGCCGCGGAAACGCGUGAAAUUGAAUAACGAUCUUUACGAAAGCUUCAGACGGUUUUACGGCGUCGACAAGAACGAAGAGGGAAUAAAAUGAGCGCCUUCCGCGUUAUGAUACGACGCGCGAAACAGUCGGGGAACUUUUACGUUUCCAUGAACUGUCUUCGCUCGAGAUUAUGUGCUGCAAAAUUGAUGAAAAGCUAUGGAAGAGGAGUCUUCAUUUUUAAAUGUAUAAAUUCCGACGAGAGAGAAAAUGAAAUUUUCAAUUGGAUAUAGCUUGGGAUAAUUCCAUUAUGUAUAAUACGCGAUUAAUUCUAUUAUAUAUAAUACCCUUCUAUAUUUUAACAAAAAAUAUGCAAAUCAUACAUUAUACGUACAAAUUAUAUAAAUAUAAAUUAUAACUAUAUGUUCUACAUUUCGUGCAUUUUCAGAAAAUACGCGAGAAAAUGAGAGUGCUACCUUGAUCGAGAAUAAAUAAAGAAAGAAACGAGAGGAAUAAAGAAUAAGUUACGAAAAAGAAUAUCUGUAAUACGUGUCAUAUUCCUAAAUUUUUCACAAUGUUCCUCCACGAGCUUAUCAUCCGGCAGAUCAGGCUACGGCAGAUACGAACAACGCUUGCCGAUAUCUCACGGAAAAUCUCAAUAAAAUUGAUCCUUCAAUAUAUCUCCUCCGAUAUUCUUACACGAGCGAGAUUUGCGCGAAACGCCGCUCGAUUUUUGACGUCUACCUACGUCGAUUGACAAGGCCGAGGAAAAACGUUUCGUUUCUCAUUAAAACACAACGUUUGCUCGCAUAUUAUUAUUGUAUUAUUACGCGGGAAGAAUAAUGUCGCAGCGAGAGCGAGACGUGAUUUAAUCGAAGUGCACGAUUCACGUGCAACCGUAAAUCGCGCGCCGUUUAUUUCGUCGCCUCUAUUUUGCGGAUUUCGUAUCUGCAUAGAAAAGAUUUCUGGAUUCAAUAUGCUAUUACUCUUCUAUAUAUUAUAAAAAAAAAGAUUGAUAUACGAACAAUCAAUUAUUAUUGAAAGAAUAUUUACUCUUAAAUGGAAAAAUUCUGAAAUCUAAAGUAAAAAGAUAAUCUUGAGCUGCUGUCCCAUUAUUUUUUUUCAAACAGAUUGGAUUAGACAGUGAAAAUAUUUGGCGAAUACGUGGCGAGUAUUCUUAUAAUGUUUUUGAUUUUAACAAUAAAUUGAUCUGAAGAAAAUUUGAAGAAUUCUUUUUCUAAUAAAAUAUCAUGAAGGAAGUUCGCUUCAUAGAUAUUAAAAAUACCUCGUGAAAGACUCGCUUUAUAUGUAGGCAAAGAAUCUUCUGCGGAUGCAUUAAUUACGAUGCAUCGCAUUCAAAUCUUUCUUACGAGAGAGCGCUCUAACAUCGAGCAAAUUUUUAUUUUAAAUGUAAGAAUAUUUAAUUUAAAAUUCACUUUUAAUACCAUAUUGUUUCAAGACAAUAAGUCAAUCUUAUUUCAUUCGAUUGGAGAAGAAUAGGAAUUACAGACCUCAUCUUAUUUUCGAUACCGGCGCACCUCGUGCACCCGCGAAAAUGCAUGAAGAAUUGUUGCGCGGCAACAAAGAUUUAUACGACGCGAUGAGAUAUAUAACGACAUUAUAUAUGCUCUCGAUCCCGCGCGUUUACGGGUAUAUCGGCAGCGAUUGCACCGCGAGUCUCGCACGCGGCUGAAUUAUGGCGAUUCGAGUUUAAUAAAAGUGGACUUUUUGCCGUCGCGAUUAGCGCGAGUCACGCCGCGCGCCAAUUUCCGUAAUAGCGGCGAGCGUUUUCGCCUCGAAAACGAAUCGCGAACGCGCCGCUUUUAUCCGCCCAA